CUAGUAUCAGUGAAAAGAAUCAGUGCUAGAGUCAUAAAAACAUCUUUUGGGAGCAGUGGAAGCAGCGUGGCGAGGUUGACAAGAAGUCUUAGUUUACAGCUUUGUACCAAGAGUUUGAACGAGAUAUUAAAUUAAGGAAAUCCAAGUGAACGUGGACUUUAGCACAAGCUUGGUGGGCUGUGUAGACAUCUCAACAUUAACGAAGAGCCAAGUCUUUAGAAGGCAGUGUUGAAGCUCUCAGCUGCUACUCCGCAAACAAAGAUAAUGUAAUGAAAAUCUGAAGUUAAUCGCGCAACAUACAUCGUUAAGCUUCAGAAAAUAAAAAUACGGAAAGGUCUUAUUUUGAAAGAAAAAUGGAAUCGCAAUCCAUCACCAUAGUUAAGCAUCCCAAUAAUAACAACCAUGCUGAUAAUCAAAAUUUGCUAAAUAAUCAAUCCCAGCAAACUACAUCUCUAUCAAAUAAUAACCUUGCUGUUACCGCACAGCCAUUUACUCCUGCGUCCAAUAAUAAUAAUGGCAAUAAUACAAACAACAAUAUGCCCCUUCAACAAACUAGUAAUGCCAUGUCACCUGCCCAAUCAUUUACACCUGUACCGGCAGCCGCUGCUGCUCCCAUACAUGGUGUUGCUGCCACUCCAACUGGGCACCCCAUUUACAACCAAGCAAUGCAUUCGCCAAACAUGUUCGUCCCUGCGCCUGGCGUACACCAAACAGGACCAAUGUAUGCAACAAUGAUGCCUGCGCAAAUUCCAAGCAAUGUCUACGUUAACAAUGUAACCGCUAAUGUCAAUCUACAUGGCUGGGCUCAUACGGUACCGACUUAUAUACCCGGUGGAGCACCACAUUAUAUACAGGGAGAUGUGCCGCCAGAUCAGAAUCCAUCUGUCAUGCAGGCGGCACCUCUAAUGCCCGUAGCUCUAGCACCGACCAAUGCUGCACUUGUUGCUGCUGGUAGUAAUGGUAAUCCUACUGCCCAAGGGGGUAAUAUGAACAGUCGUGGCACACGUCGCGGACGUGGUCGUGGCGGUAGUGGUGGUUCACGUCGGAGCGACUAUAAUAAUCAAAGACAUCCACAACCUGAAGGUAGUCCAGCACCACAGCCGCAAAUGGUACAAACGCCUGAACAAAUGAGUCAACAACAGCAACAGCACCAACAACAGCUGCAACAAAUUGAUCCCUCUGGGCAAUUAAUGACUAGCGGACCAGCAAGUUAUGUCGCACAACCACAAUAUGCACAUCCACCAGCAUAUGCCGCAUAUCAAUAUCAAACAUACUUUGCUGCCCAAAAUCCCAUGUUGCAUCCAGCACAGGCCGCACAACAAGCUACUGGCACGCCUUUAUAUGUUUCACAUAUGCCAAUGUACAAUGCACAUCCUGUCUAUAAUUAUAUGGGCAGUCCAUUUGUAUAUCCGCCCGUUAUAAAUCCGCCCGAGUAUCAAUUUAUGCCCGGUGAAGAUGGUCAAUGUGAUGAACGCCAAAAUGCCGAAGGUAUGGUAGCACCCAUGUGGCAUGCACAACCAAUUUAUGCCGACGAAUAUGGUAUGAAUCCUGAAAUGCAUGGUGCUGGUGAUGAAAUGAAUCACAAUGCCUCCUCUAUGGGUUCUGGUGAUACCCCGAGUAUGCUUAGUCCGAAUUAUGCAAUCUAUGAUCCACAAAUGCAUGAGGUGCAACAACAUAUGGGCAUGAUGCAUAUCUAUGACGAAACACAAAUGGCGCAAAUGCAAGGUCUACAUCCGGAGGGACCAGUAACUCAGCUUGAGGAUGAGAUAAAUGAAUGUGGCACACAACCUGGUGCUAUACAAAUGGUUCCAUCUGGUGCUUUAAUUGCCGCUGGUCCAAUACAAUUGUCCAACGAAACACAAAUUAUUCAUCAUAGUCACACACAACACCAGUCCCAGCACAUCAUGCAUAAUACUACAACAGUUGUGGAAAUGAAAGCACAGCAAACAAGCGAGAGCGAGAAUGUUCAUGUGGAGCAUAAUAUCGUGGAAGAGGUAUCCGAUGUGCAUACUGUUGGCUCGGUGACGAGCUUAAAUGAGCUACAUGCCCAUCAGAGUACGGAAAAUAUUGUGGCAGAGGAGUAUCAGCAGCCACAACUACUGCCACUAGCGCAGCUGCCGGCGCAGGCGCUUCCACAGCAGCAUCAGCCAGUGCAUGCGCAACCGAAACAUUCGCAGCAGCAGCAGCAGCAGCAGCAACAACAACAACAAGUCCCGCACCAUCAGCUACAGCAGCAACAUCACCAACAUGCUGUUGACAUGCCAGUGGCCGUGGAUGUGUACCACAACAACAAUAACCAAAAUGAUAUUGUGCCAAUUGAGGAGCCACAAAUUGAAGUGCCUGUGGUGGCGCAAGCAUCCGUACCAACACCAGCUCCAGCACCUGCACCUGCACCAGCACCAGCACCAGCUCCAGUUGCCGUUCAAGCGCCGCCAUUAGCUCAGCAGCAGCAACAGCAGCAGCAGCAGACACCAACAGUGGCCACUGUUGUAGUCGCACAGCCAGUACCGGCACCAGCACCAACGGUGGCAAAUGUUUCCACAGCUACCAACAAUGUGUCCACGCAACAACAACAAAUACAAACUUCGCCGCCAUUGCAGAAGUAUCAUCACCAACAACAGCAGCAACAUCCAAAACAUCAACAGCAAUCGUACAAUCGCUACGAUCAACAGUCCCAACAGCAACAUCAACAGCAUCAUAAUCAGCAAUAUCAUCAUCAACAAAAUCAUAAUUACCAAUAUGAGCAGCGUAGGCCACAACAGAAUUACAAUAACAAUCAGUCGCGCCGCAAAUAUGAUUAUAAUAAUCAAUCGUAUGUACCCAACAAUAACAACAGCAACAACAACAACAAUAGCAACACAAACAAUGAUUCUGCCAUUCAAACCACGAAGACCAUGUCUUGGACCAAUUCGAGCAAGAAGUCAACGGCGUCGGUAUCUGUGACCGCCACGCCAAGUAGCAACAAUAAUAAUAACAACAGCAAUAACAAUCAAAAUCGAUCAUAUGGUCAUACGACAAAGACUUACACCAAUCAUCAGCAUCACUAUCAGCAACAAUCGCACUACCAUCAGCAACAACAUCAAUCACAACAACAACAGAACCAACAGCAGCAACAACAACAGAACCAACAGCAGCAACAACAGCAUGGCGGUCACCACUACAAUCAAGCGCCGCAAAUGCGUAACUAUAGCGGCAUGAAAAUGCCCUCAUCACCGGUUGGCAGCAACAAUGCGCCACCACAGUUCGGCAAUACGAACGCUGGUGAACGCAGGAAUAGCCAACAAGAGCAGACGAGAUAUGCCAAUAACGCAAACAGCAGUGGCUCAUACAACAGCAACAGCAACUACAAUCAGUAUGGCAAUAACAGCGGUAAUAACAGCUCGGCCGCAAACAGCAACAAUAGCUCUGCGAAUAGCUCAAAUAUGCAUGCAGCUACCUCAACGGCGAGCAUUACAGCUGUGCCGCAGCAUUUUCCACAGCAGCAACACAAUCAACAGCACGGUCAUGCUCAGGGAGCACAACAACAACAACAGCAGCAACAAUCGGCUGGACAAAGCACGCAACAGGCGCCACAGCAACAAGCUUUAGUUAUUGAUAGCAAGCAAUAUCCCGGUUUUACAAGCAGCAAGAAAGCUGCUGCUGCUGCCGCCGCCGCUGCAGCUGUCGCAACGGCUACUGCGAACUCCACCGCAGCCCCACCUGCGCCGAUAAUGAAUUUAGCGCCACCGAUUACGGCGAACACCAACACUACAGCUCCCAGUACACUAUCGUGGGCUAGCCUAUUCAACGACACCAACAAUGCCAAUGCCCCAGCAUCAGGCACCAGUGCUGGUGCACAGUCAGCUGCGGCUGGAAGCAAUGCCGGCGGCAAUACAAAUGCCAGUAAUCAAAAUGCUAACGUUUCACCGGCGUUACCGCCACCAUUUUCAUCGAAGAAACCCGUUGCCAAAGUAGCACCCUAUGAGUGUGUUGUGCCUGCGCCUGCCAAUCCUACGACACCAGUCGUAUUACCAGGUGCUAUGUCCUAUUCAGCGGCAUCGGCACAGGGUAUAUUGCCAACACAAGCAACAACGAAGACACCCGUGGUCAAGGUUGAGCCUGUCGCACCUAUUGUGCGCGCCAACUUGGAUGAGUACACCUUGAAAUUUGCUGAUUUCCUCACCAAGGCGAAAACCGAUUUGUCCACAGUUAGCUUGCGUCCUCGUGGUCUAACCAAUCCAUCUAACUACUGCUAUAUUAAUUCGAUUUUACAAGCUUUACUCGGCUGCGCACCAUUCUAUAAUCUCAUACGCUCCAUACCUAAGCAGGCGGUGGCGCUAUCGGAGGUGCGCACCCCCACUGUCAAUGCGCUCAUUUCCUUUGUAUCGCAAUUUUCCACACUUCCAUCUGGUAUGCGUUUGCGAACGAAUAAGGGUCCAAAAGGCAAAGAUGAAUUGGGCAGCGAGCUACAGUGCGAUUCUGCUUUUGAACCCACUGAGAUUUAUCGCUUGUGGGUUGAUAGCCGUGAGGAGUAUGUUGAAGGACGUCAAGAGGAUGCUGAGGAGUUCCUAAGCUAUGUGCUCAACAAAUUGAAUGAUGAAAUGCUGGAGGUUAUAAAAUUACUUGCUAAACCAAACGCUGAACAAAAUGGGCGAAAUGAAGUGUCCGAAAAUGAGGACGGUGACGAAUGGCAGAUGAUUUGCAAUAACCGUAAUAAGGGCAGCGUCACUCGUCAAACUGAUUUCGGUCGUACCCCACUGAGCGAUAUAUUUCGCGGCGAAUUGCGUUCACGUCUACAACGUGAGGGCGAACAUUCCACUGAUGAUAUCCAGCCAUUCUUUACAUUGCAAUUGAAUAUCGAGAAAGCCGCAUCAGUAAAGGAAGCACUCGAAAUUCUUGUGGGUCGUGAUCAGUUGGAGGGUGUAACUGGCAGUAAAACCAAGCAGGAGGUAGUAGCUUGGCAACAAAUGACCCUGGAAAAGCUGCCAACUAUUUUGAUACUACACUUGAAAUGGUUCGAUUACCGUUCCGAUGGCUGCACAAAGAUUUUGAAGAAAGUUGAAUUUCCAGUUGAUCUGAAAAUCGACGCAAAAAUACUCGCCUCUAAGAAAUAUUCAAUGAAACAACGCGCUUACCGUCUAUUCGCUGUUGUUUAUCACGAUGGCAAAGAGGCGACUAAAGGUCAUUAUAUAACCGAUGUAUAUCACACAGGCUACAGCAGCUGGCUGCGUUUUAAUGAUAGCUCGGUGAAACCAGUCAGUGAGAACGAAGUUCUCUAUCCAAAAACACCGCGCGUGCCUUAUUUACUAUAUUAUAGACGUUGCGAUACAAUGCCACAACAGAAUACAACAACAUCAUCAACUGUUGGCAAUGCCAAUUCGUAUUCAAAUUCAGCUGGCACUCAUCGGGAUGGCAACAAGUAAAACUGUAUGUGUAUAUGUGUGAGUGGAGUGCAAGUUUUGUGCAAAGUAUAAGUUGUGUUGAACACAAUUUUGGAUACAAAUAUACAUACAUAUACCAAAAAGAUGAAAUGAAUGGCUUGGCCGAAAUCGUCUCAUAAAGUUGCUCCUAUAAGAGCGCACCUGAAGCGGUAACACAAUGAGCGUAAACAACAGAAACAUCAGUGGCGGCAGCAACAACAAUGAUCAAUCAAAUGUUGGCUAUUAAAUAGCGUAAUGCAAAUAACUAUAAUGUAAAUAUGUAAUAGCGCAUUAAGGUAAUUGGCUUACUGUGGAAGGGAAACAGGUAAAGCAUAAAGCUAGUGCAUUGUAAGCUGAAAAGCCGAGCAAAUAAAUAGCCUCAAUAGUUUAAAGUCCAUUUUUAUGCUAAAUGCAAUGCAUGUAAAUAGGGCUGACACUCAAAAGAAUUAUAAAAUAUUAUAAACGCACGUGCAUAUUUUGUAAUUUUUUAUUCUUAUUUUAUUUUUAAGUAUUAAUUUUACUUGUAUUAUAUUAGAACGAACUUAACGAAUGUUGCCUUUGAUCAAAAAUAUAAAAAAAAAUAUAUAUAUAUAUAUAUAUUAUAAAUUGAAUGAGGUUAGUAUGAACAGAGCGUGCAGAUGGUAAACGUGCUUCCUGUUUGCAUACGAUUUGGCAAAACUUUGAUAAGUUCAGAGAAGACAAGCGUAUUUAAAGCUGAACGCGCAAGAAAAUUUCGUAGUUAGUAGGCAAAGUCUAAGUAAAGUGACAUUGUGAGUUUGAAAAUUUGAAAAAGAAAUAUUUAUAGAUAUACUUUAACAAAUAUAAUAACAAAAAGAGCGCAUAUAAAUGUAAAUAAUGUAGGAUCAUGUACAAAUUACAAACAUAAAAUAUAUUAGUUAAAUAUCUAUGCAGAAGCAUGUAUAGGAAAACAUUGUAUAUAACAAAAAAAAA